UUCGGAGUUGGCGAGUUCCCGUUACUGGGACUUAGACUGCGUGGAAUGAAUGAAUGAGUAGCUGUGGCCACUUUCGGCCUGACCAGGGCCUUUCUCCCGCCAUGGACAUUUUCUUCCCCUCCCGCUCUUUGGAAACGUGGUGGAUGGUCUUGGAUCACCCAGGAUGUCUUGGCAGUUCACGCUCAAGUGUCCCCACUCGCCGGUUAUUAAAACAUUUAAGUGCCUAAUUUAUGCCACCUGAUCCUCCUAAGUCCAUCGGCAUCAUGUGGAUCCAGGUUCGAACUAUGGAUGGGAAGGAAACCCACACGGUCAACUCCCUGUCCAGGUUGACCAAGGUGCAAGAGCUGAGGAAAAAGAUAGAGGAGCUGUUUCACGUGGAGCCCCAUCUGCAGAGGCUCUUUUAUAGGGGCAAACAGAUGGAGGACGGUCACACACUCUUCGAUUAUGAUGUGCGCCUCAAUGACACAAUCCAGCUGCUGGUGCGCCAGAGUCUGGCUUUACCUCUUACUGCAAAAGAGCGGGACUCGGAGCUCUCAGACUCUGACUCUGGCUACGGUGUGGGUCACAGUGAAUCAGACAAGUCAUCCACGCAUGGUGAAGGGACAACUGAAGGGGAUGACAAGACUGUGUGGGAAGACACGGACCUGGGACUGUACAAGGUUAAUGAGUACGUGGAUGUCCGUGACAAUACCUUCGGUGCAUGGUUUGAGGCCCAGGUGGUCCAGGUACAGAAGAAAGCCCUAUCUGAGGACGAGCCCUGUAGUUCCAGUGCCGUUCUGACCCCAGAGGACAGCAUCAUGUACCAUGUCAAGUACGAUGACUAUCCAGAGCAUGGAGUGGACAUUGUCCCAGCCAAGAAUGUCCGUGCUCGUGCUCGCACUGUAGUCCCGUGGGAGGACCUGGAGGUGGGUCAGGUGGUCAUGGCCAACUACAACGUGGACUACCCCAGGAAACGUGGCUUCUGGUAUGAUGUUGAGAUCUGUAGAAAGCGCCAAACCAGGACGGCACGGGAGCUAUACUGCAACGUCACACUCUUGAAUGAUUCUCAGCUCAACAAUUGUCGGAUCAUAUUUGUGGAUGAAGUCUUCAAGAUUGAGCUCCCUAAUGAGAGGACCCCCUUGAUCAGUAGCCCUUCACAACCCCCUCCUCCCCUCCGGAAAACAGGGCAGAGUGGCCCAUCCUGCCAGUUCUGCAAGGAUGAUGAAAACAAGCCAUGUCGAAAGUGCGCCUGCCAUAUUUGUGGUGGGCGUGAGGCUCCCGAGAAACAGCUGCUGUGUGACGAGUGUGACAUGGCCUUCCACCUGUACUGCCUGCAGCCACCGCUUACCAGUGUCCCCCCUGAGCCAGAGUGGUACUGCCCCAGCUGCCGCACCGACUCAAGCGAGGUGGUCCAGGCAGGGGAGAAGCUGAAGAAGAGCAAGAAGAAGGCGAAGAUGGCUUCGGCCACUUCCUCCUCCCAGCGGGACUGGGGCAAGGGUAUGGCAUGUGUGGGCCGCACCACGGAGUGUACCAUUGUGCCUGCCAACCACUUCGGGCCCAUCCCUGGUGUCCCUGUGGGCACCAUGUGGCGCUUCAGAGUCCAGGUCAGUGAGUCCGGUGUACAUCGGCCUCAUGUGGCAGGCAUCCAUGGCCGGAGCAACGACGGUGCUUACUCACUGGUGCUGGCUGGCGGCUACGAAGAUGACGUGGACAACGGCAAUUUCUUCACGUACACAGGCAGCGGUGGCCGAGACCUCUCUGGCAACAAGCGUACAGCGGGACAGUCCUCUGACCAGAAGCUCACUAAUAACAAUAGGGCUCUGGCGCUCAACUGCCACUCCCCGAUCAAUGAGGAAGGUGCGGAGGCUGACGACUGGCGCCAGGGGAAGCCAGUGCGCGUGGUCCGAAACAUGAAGGGAGGGAAGCACAGCAAGUAUGCGCCCGCAGAGGGCAACCGCUAUGAUGGCAUCUACAAGGUGGUGAAGUACUGGCCAGAGAAAGGGAAAUCUGGCUUCAUUGUAUGGCGCUACCUCCUUCGACGAGAUGACACGGAGCCUGAGCCCUGGACCCGCGAGGGCAAGGACCGCACUCGGCAGCUGGGCCUCACCAUGCAGUACCCUGAAGGCUACUUGGAGGCCUUGGCUAACAAGGAGAAGAACAAGAAGCGCCCAGCCAAGGCCUUGGAGCAGGAACCUUCGUCUUCCAAGACAGGCAAAAGCAAGCGGAAGUCCACAGGCCCAACCACCCCCAGCCCCCGUGUCUCUAAGAAGAGCAAGCUGGAGCCCUACACACUGCCGGUGCAGCAGGCCAACCUUAUCAAAGAGGACAAGGGCAACGCCAAGCUGUGGGAUGAUGUGCUCAGCUCGCUUCAGGACGGGCCGUACCAGAUCUUCCUGAGUAAGGUCAAAGAGGCUUUCCAGUGCAUCUGCUGCCAGGAGCUGGUGUUCCGGCCAGUCACCACCGUGUGUCAGCACAACGUUUGUAAGGACUGUCUGGACAGGUCCUUCCGGGCCCAGGUGUUCAGCUGCCCAGCUUGUCGCUACGAGCUGGACCACAGCUCCCCAACCCGGGUGAACCAGCCCUUGCAGGCCAUUCUCAACCAGCUCUUCCCUGGCUAUGGCAGUGGCCGGUGAUGCCAGCACCAGGCAGAGGGCCAUGGCUCCAAGGCCAUAGUGGGUUUAGCUUGAAGGUGAUGUCCUUCCAUGUCUGUCCCUGGCAACUCUGGUCAUCAGUUAUCCAGACACCUAUAGGAAUUCCAUGUUCUGGCUACCAGUUGGACCUCUUUUUCAUCCCCCCCCCCCCCGCCCCCCGACUCCCCCUUCUGUAACAAAACCUGCAAUCUAUUCUCCAAGAGAAAGAGAAGAUGUGUUUUCUUUUUCUUUCCUUUUUUUUAUUUUUGAGAUGGAUUUAGAAACAGUUGAGCUGCAUUCCCAGACUUCCUUGUCCUUCCGGAAGGAGUUCUCUCCCCACACCAGCUGCCUAGAACCAGCUGCAGCCAUCUUUGAAAAGCCCAGACAUCUGUCCUGGCAGCUAUCUGUGUGCUUCAUUCCAGGGGUGGCCCUGUAGCCACCCCUCAGGCCUUCAUAGGGGCUUGGACAGGGCCAUGGCUAGCCCUGGCCUCUUUGCUGACAGAACUGCAGAGGGCCUUGGCUGUGGCCUCCGGCCAGAGGAGCAACUGAGCUGAGCUGCGCGUGCCUUGGGCUUGUCACUUCUGCACACCCUUAGCACUGGGCCCUGGAUGGCCCCUUGGAAGCCUGGUCUUUGGAGUGUGCACUAGCUGGGUGUCAUGGAGGCCUGAGGCGUGCUCAGCUCCAUCUGGGAAUUCCGAGGCUUUCUGUAUUAUUUUUUUUUUAAGUGGGAUAAAUGGUUUCCUCAAUGAAUUUCUUUGGUAGUUAUAGCCUGUACUGAGGAAGAUGUUUUCUUUGGUUGUUUUCUGUUUCUUUUGUAACUUUACCAAAGUGUGCAGGUAUAUCUCAUGGAAACUGAACCAUUUACUGCAGGCAGACUGGACAGCACAGUUCUAAGGGUUGUGUUUUGUUUUGUGUGAGUUUUUUUUUUCUUUGUUAGAUUAACAUAUUGCAAGAAAAUAAAAUUCUCUGUGGAUGUUUUCUAAAGUUCCAUAUAAUUUUUGUUUCAGAUUUUAGAUCUCAAUAAAUUUUUUCUGCAGAUGUA